CCUGCUUCUUGACGAACUUCUUGGAUCUCCCACCGCUCCCCCCUCCCAUUUCGAAUGGUCCGCCUCAUCCUAGGCUCUACGAAAGGCAAUGGCGUACGUUACUUUCCCUACACUGGAUACCUCGGCUUGACUCCAGUGAAGGUGGAUGGAGCGGUCCUCACCAGACUCGACCAGGACCUCAAAAUGCUUCCAGCAAGAUCCAUCACUGUUUCCGUCCGGUGUUACGAGCUAGUCCUGGGCCGCGUUGGUGUCUUACAGUCAAAUGUGUUGGUGGAUUACACCAAGGUUCUUUGGGAAAAGCCAGAGGGCCAAGAGUAUGGCGAAAUUGGCGACCUCGAGCUUCCUUUCCGGUUCUCGAUCCCCACCAAGGUCGGCGGCCUCAGCACGGCGUCUUUUGUGGAAUACAGGUGUCUAUGGCGUGUCGAAGCUAUUCUCAACCAUAUUCCUAUAACGGUCGUCGGUUCUCGCCAAGUGAAGCACGCUGAAUUACCUCUAACUCGCUACGACACUCCUGCCAACUUCCUUCCUUCCCAUCGUCGUCAGCAGUCAACAUCUGUGCCUCUUCUCGACCGUCAGACUUCCAAGCCCCGUGCUCCCCGGAUUUGUUACGCCAUAAAGACUCCAUCGUUUCCCGUUGGUCCCAUGGACCUGGUGUCCGUCCACCUAUAUCUCUUACCUAACGAUGCCUCGGUGUCGAUUCGAAGUGCGAGCGCCAUCAUUGAACGCCGUAUACACAUCAACGAAGCUUCAGCGCCCUCGACGGUACCAGCAUCUUACUCUAAUACCUCCAGACCUACAAGUCAAGCCAACUUUGAGCAUCACUCACCAACGCUGUCACCAUUAUCGCAUUCUCCAAUUUCAUCAUACCAGGACUCGCACCAUAAUACCCAUGCAUCUACAUCAUCUUCAUCUCUGUCUUCUUCCCAUCCUACUAUCACCCCAAACUCAGUUUUCCCUUCGACAACUACCCUUUCUAGUGCCGAAAAACGGCCUCUGCUUCAUGUCGGGAGUUCUUCGGAGAGUGCUUCGACCUCAGUCCCGCUUAUACAGUCAGAGAUGCCUCACGGUCGCACAUCUGUUCAUCCUGUUGCCGGAAUGGAAUCCUCAGGUCCAUUCACUCGCGAUCAGAACGGUAUCCUUACCAAAACACUCACUGUACCAUGGCCGGUUCCGAAGUCCAAUAGCCGAUGGGCCGUUGGAGAAACUGUGAUAACCGAUUUCGUAUCCGUCAAGUUCUUUGUCCGUGUCAAGGUUGUCGUAACCAGCCCUUCUGGCACAGAGUCCUUGGAGCUAGAAGAACGGGAAUUGUUUAUUGUGUCAACUAAUGAUGCAGAACGCCAGCUUGCCCUAGCAAACUACGAAUCACUUCAGCAAGCGGCCCUUCGCUCAAAAUCUAAAUCACCCCGACGCUCCCGCCGGACGCACGAUGACUUGCCGGGAACCCCGGUACCCCGUCCACCGUCCGAGCGAUCAGAUGGGCAUACAGUUUCUUCCGGAUCAUCACGACAACCGACCAGUCACUCUGCGAAGGGUAAAGCGCCUAUCCGUAGGCCACACACUAGUGCAGGCCCACGAGACAUGUUGGCAAAGUUUUCUGUAUCACGCCCACCUGAGCGCGAACCCGUGCCGUCGCUAGAAGUAUUCAAGAGAAUCAAGUACUAUCGACCAGGGACAGUGGACUCUGGGAGAAGUGGGGGACAGUAUCUGUAUGCGCCAAGAAUGAGCGUCGCUCCAAGUGGAAGCAGUACAAGCUCGGGGACAAGCAGCAUGACGAGCAUCACCUCCAGCAGUUCGAGUUGCCGAAGCUUAGAGGAAGUGAGGGAAUGGGAGCAGGAACUGAUGAGGAUCGAAGUUCAGAGCCGGAGAUCGAGUGACUUGAUUGGCUUUGCAUACAAAAGAAACCGACCGAGCACUAGCAAUGCGAGACUACUUGUGGUGGCAGGGAAAUCCUAGACUCACAAGUAGCGCUGAAGGGUGCUCUGAAUGCUCUGCCAGGUUGAGUUGAUUUACAUAGCAUUUAUCGAUAUCUUUUUCGCAUUUUGUAUUGUUGUUAAACGUAUAUAUGCUGUUCAGUACCUCGCUAUCCUAGUACUAGUAAACGUCGAUGUAACAAUGUAUUUUCUGGAUUUCUGUACGCUGCC